ACCAAAGAAGCACAAGUGUUAUUACCUUGCAGCUCAUGUUGACAAAAAACUGCACUGCCCAUUUCUCUUAGUUGGGCUGCGAAGAGGAAGGAAACACAAAACACGAAACACACACACACACACACACACACACACACACACACACACGCACACGCACACCCUCAUUUUCUGCAUGUAAAGUGUGUGUGUGUUCUUUAAAAGCCAGUGGUUGGCUGGUUUUCCGGACAUGAUGUGGUUGAAGCUGUCAUCGUAAUGGAAAUUCAUUGCUGUAGCUGUGGUAAAUCGAGUGUUCUGCCCGUGCUGGAUGCAUUAGUCUAAUGAGAUGUUUGCAGCCGAGCGCGGCUGCUGGAGAGUAACUGAGCAGCUGGAAGAUAGCUUUCGCGAUACGCGGGUGCGUGUGCCCAAAGUCCUGAUCUGAGUCAACCCUCCUGGCCGACACCCUAAUCAGGGCUCUGUGAACGAGCUGUAGGACCCCCUGGUUACUUACCUUAUUCCAGCAAGAGACAACUGCUAUCACAAUUGUUAUUAUUUUAAGAACACUUCCAGAGACGUUUUAUAUGUGUGCCUAGCACUUUUGCCCCUGUGCGCUUGGCCACCUCCGUCUGUAAGACUGGCACCAGCCGAGAUGCAGACACAGAGGAUCCCCGGGAGGAAGAGAGGCCGACCCCCACUUCACUCCGCACCUAUGACCAUGGCGGUUCACAACCUGUACUCGGCUCCCACCGGUUCCUUGCCAGCAGUGAAGAUCCCCAAGAGGAGAGGGCGCAAACCGGGGUACAAGCUCAAGUCUCGUGUUCUCAUGACUCCCUUGGCCCUGUCACCUCCACGGAGUAUCCCAGAGCCUGACCUCAGCUCCAUCCCGCAGGACGCAGCCACCAUCCCCAGCUUGACGCCCCCCCAGGCUCUCACAGUGUGCCUCUACGUCAACAAGCAGGCCAACGUGGGGCCGUACCUGGAGAGGACGAAACUGCAGCAGCUCCCCGAGCGCCUGGGACCCGAGCGGCCGGCCGCUGUCCUGCAGCAGGCAGUGCAGGCGUGCAUCGACUGCGCCCACCAGCAGAAGCUGGUCUUCUCCCUGGUCAAGCAGGGCUACAGCGGUGAGCUGGUGUCAGUCUCGGCUUCUUUUGAUGGCAAGCAGCACCUACGGAGUCUGCCCGUGGUGAACAGCGUGGGCUACGUCCUCUGCUUCCUGACCAAGCUGUGCCGCAGCCUCCUGUGUGACAACCUCUUCAGCCACCAGCCCUUCCCAGGCAGCCUCGGUGCCUCUGAGAAGACCCAGGACAGAGAGGAGGGGAGGAAGGACACAGCCAAGACGGUCAUCACAGACGAGUGCCCGCUGAGUCCCGUGGGCAUGAACCGCUACAGCAUGGAGCCCUCUUCUGCCUUUUGUCAUAGAGGCUCCUUGACCUCCUCUUCUUCGCUGUGCUGUAAGAGGCUGACCUCUGGAGACGGCCACCUUGGAGGAGGCCCUACCACCACCAGCGGUUCCCGCACCAGCCCCAUGUCCUCUGGAGGCCCCUCGGCAUCUGGACUGCGGCUCUCAGCCUCCAGCCCCAAGAGGAAUGGAACCGCUCUUGAAGGAAACAGAUGUGCCUCGAGCCCCUCUCAAGACGGACAGGACACCAAGCGGCCAAGCAGCAGAAACCCUUCCACCUGGACCGUGGAGGAUGUGGUCUGGUUUGUGAAAGAUGCUGAUCCGCAGGCCCUGGGGCCUCACGUGGAGAUCUUCAGAAAACACGAGAUUGAUGGCAAUGCUCUGUUGUUGCUGAGGAGUGACAUGGUCAUGAAGUACCUGGGCCUGAAGCUGGGACCUGCAUUGAAGCUCUGCUACCACAUCGACAAGCUGAAGCGAGCCAAGUUCUGAGGUUCUUGAAAGAUGUAGGCCAACCGCACAGACCCAAGGUUAUUCUCUGCCUUCACUCAACCUGGACGACGUAGAUUCGCCUCUUGACAGUAACAGUCACAAAGACAGUCAUAAAAUAUGUGCGUCUAUGCCUUUAAGAUUCCAAACGGCCCUUCUUGAAAGGCCCCUUUGCGUUAAUGAUUUGCCAAAAAAAAAAAAAAAAUUCUAAAAGCCUAUUGCUUUUAACAUUCUGAUAUGUUUCUCCCACUAUGUAUGGUGUUUGUGUAAUGACAGUGGGGAAGUGAAUGCUGUGACCCUGGGGGCUUCAAAGUCGUUGAGAAGGACCUUGUUCCAGCAGGUUCUACAGGGAUGCCCACCUCAGUGCCACCACUUCUGCUCUGACUUGACCUGUCUGCGUGAACCUCGCUGGAUUCAGCUCUGGGAGAUUUCUUCUGAGGAUCACUACCUUGCCUGGCACUCUCUGGAAAGCCUGAAUUUUCCUGUUCUCUGAAAGAGAGAUGUUAGUCCUGCGUGGAUGAAGUACCAUGUUGAGCCACUAGAGGGCAGACUGCUAAUGAGAUUUCCGGACCCACUGACCGCAGCCGCAUGCUUGCUCAUAUCUCAGUGGCUGGGUUAGGGUUUCUAUGAACAAGAUCUAGUCCAUAGAUAUGGGAUUAAUUGCACAGUAGCACCCCAGAGUGCAUCUCUGGAGGAAGCUGUCAUCUAGAGGGUUCCAACUCGUAUCCAAUCAUUAUCGACUGACUAGAAUUUCGAAGCAGCACUGCCCAGAGUCCUACUUGAGGCAUUGAUACAUUGUCAGGCUGAGGAAUCUUUGUGACGUGGGUGUUUCUUGGGGAAAAAAAGUCUCCACUGAUCUUUGCAA